AUAUUUGUAUAAUUGCAAAGUACAAUUUUAGUGCAAAAUUUCGUCACAUAAUUUUGUAAAUGGUUUCCUAUCAGAGUAUAUGCAUAUUGUCUGCAUUUACGGUAGAAAGCGUUAUAGGCAGUCUUCUAUGACAUAACUUCCAAGUACAAAAUUUACAACUCCCGCUUCCACUGCAAUGCUCUCUCUAGUCUUUCGUGACUCCAAAAUAAAAAACAAGCAUGCGUGUAUUAUAAUCACUCACAAAAACAUGAAAAUUGUUCAAAAUAAUUGCAUCAAGAAAUUAUAUCAAGAUAACUACAAACAAACAAGUGAACAUGUUUAUAAACAUAUCACAAAACAAUUUGAGAAUAAAAACAUUAAUGAAAUUCAAAUGUGUUCAAACACCAAUAAACGUACCUAUUAUAUAAAUGCGUAAACUCCGCUCGACUUUUUAUGUCGCCGUCUACCAGAUAAUUACUAACAGAGAAGAGAAAAACUGAAUAUAAAAGUCAGAGUAUAUAUAUACGCAUUAAAACCGCUGUUUGUGACAGUUCUUCCGCUUGAUCAAUUGUGUUCAGACAAUAUAUAAAAGCAUGUGUGAUAUGUAUUUAUUUACACAACAAAGAAAACUAGUUCAAAAAUUGUCUUAAAAAAUCAGAGAAAAAUUUAUUCUACUCUGCGAUAAAAUCAUAGUCUAAACAAAACGGUCUUAUUGCACAUCAUUGCACAGUUAUAAUUUAAUAGUUUUUUGACCUUUGGUACUUUUCACGAACAUCUACUUAAGAUAUUUCAGUUUUUACAAUACAUUUAUCAGUUCUAUGUAAGAGUUUUGAAACACAUGUAAAACAUAUGUAUCUAGUGUGUUGGAUCUUAAGAGAUCCAAGUUCAGUCGUUAUCCUAACAUAACUGAAAACGAGUUAUGAUUGUUUGCGCGUGAAAUACACAGAACUAGUAUAUUGUGAAGAAACUUGAAUCUAUUUGAUACAUUUUAUACAUCAACGUGAAUCAUGAUUGUAACAAUAUUGUUAGUGUUGAUUUUAUAUAUAAUAUUGUAUGAUUAUUAUGUGCAUCAUAAACGAAGUGGGCGACUUAUUCGCCUUAUACCAGGUCCACCAAGUGUUCCAAUUUUCGGUUCGGCACUUUUAUUUCAAUGUUCACCACGAAAUAUAUGGAUGCUUGUGCGUUAUUUUGUCGACACUAUGUAUCCCGUUAUGAAACUGUGGAUAGGUCCUGAAUGUAUUAUAAUCCUUCGUCAUCCAGAUGAUUUGGAGAAAGUUUUAAGCACUACAAAACAUAAUGAAAAAAGUAGAGUGUACAUCACGGUACGUCCAUGGCUUAACGAUGGUCUUCUUACAAGCAAAGGAAACAAGUGGCACACUCGACGAAAACUACUCACGCCUGCAUUUCAUUUGAAUAUACUACGGCAACUUGUUGAUGUUUUGGUUGAAGGAGGAAAUCAUAUGACAAAAUCUCUGAAAGAAAGUGAAGAAACAAUUAUACAAGAUUUAGUUUCAUUUGUUACCGAGCAUACACUAAACGCAAUAUGCGAAACCGUUAUGGGUAUUUCUUUACGUAGUUUUGACACGUUUGAGGAAGAGUAUCGGAAAGCAGUACAUGAUAUAGGUCAUCUUUUGGUACACAGAGUCUUCUCUCCGUGGCUGUUUCCCGAUUGGAUGUUCGCAUUAUCUCCAACAAAUAGAAAGCAAACUAAGAUGUUAAAGAUAUUACAUGGAUUUACUGAAAAAAUCAUUAAGGAAAGAAAACUUUAUCACGAACGCACAGAGGAUCGAUAUUUAAAAAACACUGAAAGUAACACAUUGAAAGAAACAGAUGACGCAGAAGUGAUCGGAAUUCGUAAAAAGCGACUCGCUAUGUUGGAUCUUCUAAUAGCGGCAUCUCGAGAAACUGAUAUAACCGAUUUGGACAUCAGAGAGGAAGUUGACACCUUCAUGUUCGAGGGUCACGAUACUACGGCAAUGGGUGUGUGUUUUGCUUUACUAUUAUUAGCUGAGCACAAGGAUAUUCAGGAUCGUGUCAGGACUGAAGUUAACGAUGUGAUGGAAGAAACUAAAGGAAAUUUGACUAUGGCGUCUUUACAAAAGCUACCGUACUUAGAGAGAUGCUUGAAAGAAGCGCUGCGAUUGUAUCCCAGUGUGCCUAACAUAUCACGCACUCUUGCAGAAGAUAUAAAAUGUCAGUCGUACAUAGUGCCGGCUAAUGUAUACGUGAAUAUUGAUAUCUACGCCGUCCACAGAGAUCCUCAUUUCUGGCCGAAUCCGGAUGUAUUCGAUCCGGAUCGAUUUUUGCCCGACCAAGUGCAAAAUCGUCAUCCUUAUUGCUACAUACCGUUUAGUGCGGGACCGCGAAACUGCAUAGGUCAACGGUUCGCUAUGUACGAAUUGAAAGCUAUGAUCGCACCUUUGGUACAUCAAUUUUACCUGGAGCCUGUUGAUUACUUGAAAAAUGUUCAGUUAAAGAUGGAUAUGGUAAUUCGUCCUGCUCAUCCAGUUCGCGUGAAAUUUGUGCCGAUCAAAAAAAAACAAUGAAAUUAAAAUAAGAAUAGAAAUGAUAUAGCAAGAAGGUAUGGGAAAUGCUUGUGUUUUACUCAAUACUAACAAAGUACAUUAAUGUAUUUGCAAAACGUUAUAUUAUUUUUUUACAUAUUUUUCCUGGCAAAAAAGUCCUGCAUAUACAGACAAUUUUGAUAUCUAUUUACAUACACUUACGUACGAUACUGAAUAUAUAGUCUCAUAUAUAAUUAUAUCGAUUGCAUAAUUGCGUAUAUAAGUAUGCAGAAUCAGAUAAAAAAGUUGUCUGGCAUAUAAAAUACUUUUUUUUCUACAUAUAGUUUCAAGGCGAGAAUAUCAAAGAGCAAAGUUACGUUCUUCUAUAUGCAACAAAGCAAUUACUUUAUGAAUUAUGGGUUAAGACGUAACCAAUUAUUUAUAUAAAGUGUACUUAUCUAAAAAUAAUUAAAAUACAAUUAUUGAAAUUGGCGGAAGUGCAU